CUUCCGGCGCAGCCCCCACCGUUGGCCUGCUCUCCCGGCCGACUCCGCCCGCGGCCGCACGGCUCGAGACGCUCCUCCUGAACCGCGCUCCUAGGAGUGGCAUCCCGCUCGUAGGCGGUGCUCGCUCUCUCCGCGCGAGGACUGGCUGGCCGAAGCAGGUUGCUGCAUCGACGGCGGCGCGCAUUUGUUCCCCGCUUUCCGGUCCCGUCUGCAGCACGAACGAGUACCAUCGCUGUCCACAAAAUUGACCGCCGACUCAACGGGGGACGAAAAUGAUUGCGCGGUGUCACCAGAGAGGUGCGUCGUGGGAGCGCCCCGCUGCCAACGAUGGCACCGCCUGCACGACAACUUUAUGAUAACGUCUCGGGCUUUUCCAAGAAACGCGCAGGCCCCUCUCCGAUGUUCGCCUCCAGAGAAAACAGAUGAAGAAACAGAAGCGCAAACGCUUGUUUAGGUUAGGUCUGACGAGCGCUGUCUUUUGAAAAAUUAACACAUCCACCGCACCUCGCCAAAGAACUGCUCGUAGAAAAAUUUGGGGGGGGGGGGGUGGGGGGGAAAAAAACUGGAUUAUCGUUACCUUUAGUUUAAAAAAAAAAGCAAACGUUUUACGAGUCCUGUGCAAUCUUUGAUUUGAUUGCUCGCAGGGAGAACCUUCUUGCCCAGUUGCAGAGCUUUGUUUCUGACAAGGAGAAAGCUGCGCAUCCUGAGCCGUGCAACCUCCCCCUCUUCCCCUUGCCCCGUUCCCCCAAAGCAACCGGAUCCCAUCGCCUGCCCCGGUCUCUCUACCCUGCCCAACGCGCACCUCCCUUCCUCUUCCUCCCCCUCCUCCUCCUCCCCCCCCCAUCGUCGCCCUCGUCCCACCGCACAAGGCGCCCGGCUUGCCUCCUGUCCCGCCCGAUUGUCCUCUCCUUCAUAUUUUCGGCACCGCUGCGAGUCCGCGUCGGCGACCAUGUCAGAGGGGUGCGGGCGCGAACGGCGCGUGGACGCGGAGUACGCCGUGUGCCUGCUGGAGCAGCUGCGCGGUUUCUACGAGCGCCAGCUGCUCACCGACGUCGUGCUGGUUGCCGAGGGCAACGAGUUCCCGUGCCACCGGACUGUGCUGGCCGCGUGCAGCUCCUACUUCCGGGCCAUGUUCAUGAGCGGGCUGAGUGAGAGCAAGCAGACCCAUGUGAACCUGCACAACGUGGACUCGGCGACGCUGCAGAUCAUCGUGGCUUACGCGUACACGGGCCACCUGGAGAUGAGUGACGGGGUCGCGGAGCAGCUGUUUGAGACGGCCACCUUCCUGCAGGUAGAGGAGGUGGUGUGUCGCUGCCGUGACUACCUGGUGAAGAAGGUGUGCACGGAGAACUGCCUGCACCUGCUCGGCUUUGCAGACAUGUAUGCGUGCGGCGAGCUCAAGACGGCGGCUCGUCGCAUGGUGGAGCACCGCUUCCCGGCGCUGUGCCGGCACGAGCACUUCCUUCAGCUCCAGCCGCAGCUGCUCAUGGAGGUGCUCGGCAGCGACAACCUCAACGUGGAGAAGGAGGAGACGGUGCGGGAAGCGGCCAUGCUGUGGCUGGAGUACAGCCCGUCGUCGCGCUCGCAGUACCUCUCCGCCGUGCUCGGGCACAUCCGCAUCGACGCGCUGUCUGAGGUGACGCAACGCGCCUGGUUCCAGGGCCUCCCGCCCAACGACAAGUCUGUGGUGGUGCAGGGCCUCUACAAGUCCAUGCCACGCUUCUUCAAGCCGCGACUGGGCAUGACCAAGGAGGAGAUGGUGGUGUUUGUGGAGGUGCCGGUUGGGGAUGAGGGCAGCCGCCCGGGAGCCCAGGCGGCCAUCUGCUACAGCCCUCAGGCCGGAAAGGUUUACCGCUUGUGCAGCCCUCCCGGCGAGCUGCGCAAGGUGGGCGUGCUGGUCACGCCGGACAACGACCUCUAUAUUGCCGGGGGCAUGGCGCUCUCGGGCUCCCCGGGCUUCGGGGCGAGUGGCGGCGGCGGCUCGGAGCCUGCGCCGGCCACUCCGCAGCAAGCCCACCCGCACGGCCGCGUGCCAGUGCGCUCCUUCUACUGGUUCGACGCGCAGCAAAACGCCUGGGUGGGCAAGGCGCCCAUGCUGCAGGCGCGGACGCAACCGGCGCUCGUAUACUGCCGUGCGCAGGUGUACGCGCUGGGUGGCGAGGUGGUGGUGGAGCCGGGCCGGCGCUCGGUGGAGCGCUACGACGUGCGGCGCGACGCGUGGUCGCCCGUGUCGCCGGCCCCCUUCCCGUGGCAGUGGUGCGCGGCGGUGGAGUGCCGCGGGCGCGUCUACGCCAUGGCGCACGACCGCACCUUCUGCUACGACCCGGCCGCUGACUCGUGGACGGAGCUGUCGCUGCGCCGCACGAGCCGCUGCUUCGCCUCGGCCGCCGCCCUCGACGGCCGCAUCUACUACAUCGGCGGGCUGCACAUCAGCGGCGGCGGCUGCGGCAUCAGGGUGCCGUCGGGCACUCUCAACGGCUCCUCCAUCUCGGUGGAGGUGUUCGACUCGCAGGCCAACGCGUGGGAGAUGCGCGCCUGCAUCCCCGCGCGCCGCUACUCGGACCCGUGCGUGCGCGCCUUCGCGCUGCUCGGCUCGCUCUGCGUGUUCCUGCGCGAGACGCACCUGGCCGACCGGCCGCGCUACGCCGUCUACCGCUACGACGCGGCGCUCGACCGCUGGGAGCUGCUGCAGCAGGUGUCGGAGCGCGUGCUCUGGGACCUGGGCCGCGACUUCAAGUGCACCGUGGUGAAGCUCUACCCGUCGUGCCUCGCCGAGUCGCCGUGGAAGCCGCCGCCGCCGCCCGCGUCGCUCUCGCCCAUGGUGGAGAUCGACAGCUUCGACGAUAUCGAGGAGGUGGUGCUCAUCCCACCCGACUGACGAGACGAGGCGGAGGGAGGCGGGCGGACACCGAGGAGAGAGGGGCGAGCGGGGGCAGAGAACGCACCCGAGCGGAGAGAGAGAUAGAGACGGAGAGGGAGCGACAGAGGAGUAGGACUGAGGAACGCGACACGGGAAGCGAGGGAAGACGACCGACCUCAAAGACCCUCCUCGGUCAAAUCCUCGGGCUGACCGAAAUUGCAGUUGCGAAUGGAAAAAAAGAGUAAAAUAAAAAAAUACGUGUGCAUCAUUAUGUUGGGGUCAAACGCGGGGUUAGGUGAAAAAGUCGUUUGUCAGCUGUCCGUAUCUCCCGCCCUCCGAGACACAUUCACGGACGACGCUUUGUGCAUGCUGGGCACACGACGUGCGUAAUUAUAUCUUUGAGACGUCGCCGGAGCCCGCUGCUUGCGCCAUGACCACCGCGUGACCUCUGCGUGCGGAGCGCCAGCCCCCCCCCCACCCCCCCACCGACGGCUCGUGUGCAGUAAUGAAGUAAUAGCGAGCCGCUCGCCCGCCCGCUUGCCCAGCCGGCGCCGUGUCCACAGCUCGGCGCUGCGACGCAUCAAUCAGCCUACACGUCGUGUGACUAUGUAAACCGUUCAUUUGUUUUGUAUAUUUAGCCCCUCAUCGGUGCAGUGUGGCUGCUGCUCAUUUUUCGUCGUCUUUUUUUUUUCCACCUGAUCAGUGUUUUCCUGGAUGCACCUUCAUUAUUAGGGUGAACCCCACCCCCCCACCCCCCCUCCUCCCUCCCCUCUCCCCCCCGUGUCGUGUUUUGUAUAUUUGUAUAAUUUCCAGCGGACUGCAUACUAUAGCCUACAGACCCCAGACCCUUCCGAACCCCCCCCCAUCAAACUCUGCCUCUUGACCAUCCUUGACCACCCCUCCCCCUUGCCUCCUCAUCCAUCGCCUCUUUCCUCGUCUGCAGUCUGGAGUUCUUGGUUGGGGUCUGGCGAUUCCCCCCCCCCCCCCCGUUCGUGCGUUAUGCAGCGUCGCGAAACUGGGAGAGCUGCAGACUGCCGACGACUCCGUUCGUGGCUAGGAACCGUUGAGUUCUGCGGCGACCGUUGAUCUUUCUGUGAGCCGCCUGUCGAGCCCUGCCAAUCAAACGUGUUUAUUAGGAAGUCAUUGGCCGGUGAGUUUCCAGCGAUCGCAUGCAUUGCCCACCGCCGCUAGGGAUCUGACGGCCACAUUUGAAUGAUAUAGCCUUGAGAGUCCAUCAGCCUGUCGGUCUGGGUUGGUCCGAAGCUCUUGAGGACCAAUCCCGGCAAACGUAUGUUCUCGCAUCAAACUCUGGAUGGGUCUCUUACUUUCAGAGUCUCAUCAGCAGGACCUUGGGUGUCGGGGUGAGAGCACUGUUCCAGCACUGUUGUUGUACGGUGCAGUGCAUCGAAUUUCGUAAAUAAAUGAGGGGGACAUUUACUUAUUGUUGAUCUCCUGGAGAAGAGGAGUUGAGUACUCAUCUGCCCUGGAACUGGUUGGUGUAUGAAGAUCUGAGCUGGCACUGCACUGCAGCUAGCACCCUGUAGUUUUUUAAACAACAACAACAACAACAAAGGAGUUUGCGUUUAUAGUUUUAAUUCCCACAAUGUCUCACGUGGGCACUGCUACUUUCAACAUUGAGUUCCCCUCGCGUGUUGUUCAAGAGACCAUUGAUGGUCCGUAACCUUCACUUGGCUGGAAACUGGACGAACGAUCGCAGAACUCGGCAGUUCAUCGCCGUAACAGGGAGGCGUUGGCAUCAUUUUGUCAUCGCGAGUCUCGGCCGGGAGAGUGGGGGGGGGUGACGCACGCGCUGCAGACGCGAGAGAGACGCAACGCCCAUCGUGGGUUCACGGCGAUGGCUUGCGCAUGUCCCCCCACUUGCACUGCGGACAAGCGCUCUCCGUGGCGGAGAUGGCGACUUACCCUCGAGUCGGCAUGGCAAAGAGCAAUUUAACCAAGUAACGGCAGCGUGCGGGCGCUCUCCAAUUGGUCGGACGUUAACUCUCAUCGCGAUGUGUUGAAAGCAUUGGCCGCUUCCUUCUGUGCUACUCGACUUCUGGUGUGCUCACUUGAAUGAAGCCCAGCGGUUGUGGGGCCGUUGCUGCCGUGAGUAAUCACUGCAGGCCAGCGCCAUGACAGAGACACUGAAGCUGAUGUCGCAGAGAUCCUGGCUUCGAAUCCGGGUUUCAGCCACCCAUGACUUUUAACUGGGUUCUCAAGAGUAGCGAGUUGAUCAUUUCCGCCCGGUCACCAAUAACUGCAUUAAAAAAAGUCACAUUUGUUCGACUAAAAUCUGGCUCUGGGGAUUGCAUAGGAAAAUGCAUACGUGUAUUAAUAUUAUAUAUGGUAAGGUGGGAGUCUCUUUUUGCAGGAUGGGACCUGGGGUGCAGAAAGAAUAUACGCUAUGGACAAAGUUGUCACGGAUAUUUGCGUUAAGCAUUGAGCAAAAAUGGGACAUAAGUGGUCCAUCGAGGGCUGUUCUGUGGCUCCGAAGUCCUGUUGAAGGGUCUUGAGAAACAAUCUUCGGAGCCAUUCUCUGACACAAAAUUGGUAUGGCUAGAGUUUUUAAUUAGUGACAUAUCAUGACUCUACCGUACUACAAUUGGAAUACAGUGUUGCUGUUAAAAAAAACUAAUAGGAAAUUAUUAUUCUCAGCACUGAUGUUGGUGAAAUGAUGUGGCGAUCGAUUCGGAGCAAAUCCCUUUGGAAGUGGACGUUGAUCGUUUUUCUGUUCAUGAACCGGGCCACGGGAAAAGUGAGCGGGUCGAGUGAGAGAUUGGUCCAGACGAAGCGAUUGUCCUUGCUAAAUUCCUCCCCGCGGCGCCCACGUUAGACCGCACCGCAUGCCUCUUUAUCGGCGCUUCCCUGUGAUUACUGGGUGACGACACUAUUAAAUAUGUUCAAAAUAAAGGAGUGGUGCUUCCGCAGAUUUGUGUGGGCCUGACCGGGGCCAGUGAAUCCAGAGGCAAUCGUGAAGCACGUUGGUGCAGCCAAUCACACUCGAGGAUUUGCGGUUAUCUCACGGCGUCAAUCGGACACGUGUUGGAGAGCUGAACGAUAUGUUUUUUGUUUGUUGGAGAAGUUUUGAGCAACGCGCGAAUGCUGCCGUGCGAUUGGCUGCGUGUUCGUUUUGCCGACGAGCUGCGGGACACCGUGACCUUUACAUUUCAGCGAAGGCUUUUAAUGGCGGGGAGGCAAUGCCAUUGUCGGAAUCGACGCAGAAGUGGGAUUUUUACGGAACGUACAAAUAAUGAAAGUACAAAGCAAAUCGUUUUAUCACCGUUGCUAAUAUUGUUAUCCCAACACUGAUCUUUCCCGGGUGAGAGCAAAGCCUGUCCAUGCAACUUGGGGCCCCACCACCUAUGGGGACGGCCGUUGAAACGCAACGGCGUAACGAUGACGCCGUGUGAAAGUCACCCGUGUUCUGUCGCGAGUGACUGAAUCCUGUUGCGAGUAACCGAAUCCACUCCGGGGACCUGGGAAGACGUUUUGCGAGUGCCGACCGGGAAUUGGGUGGGUGGGUGGGUGAGGGAAGGGUGUCGGGGGCGAAGUUUUUCGAGCGCUCCGUGUCGAUUCUCGACCUCUCGCCGAAGGAGGUGCACGCGAUGGGGCAGGGAAAACGUGCGCCUGCCUCACACCCCGCUUCCAACUCUGUCCCCCCCCACUCCCUCCCUUCCUCUGCAUCCUCGCAAUCUAUGCCUUCCCUCGUUUACCAUGGUGUAACGGUUCUUUUUCUAUGUAAAUGUUUUAUUUUAUCGCCCUCCUUGACGGAGGCAUUUUUGUACGUUGAGCCGUUGUUGGCCAAAGAUUCGUCUCAAGUCCCCUCCGCUCCAGGUUGGCCCUCGAGUCUGAACCGAGGUUUUUUUGUUGUUUUUACAGAGCGCAGCACGUCAGCUGUGGUGACACGGCCACAAUUGGCACGAUAUUGAGGAUGAUGAACAGUUAUUUCCACAAACUUCAAAUUUUUGCCCGCUACACUGCCUGGGCAGAUAUGGCUCCAGGUCAGAAACCCCUUGCAUCAAUGUUGUUGUUACACGGCCAAAAACAGUGCUUGUUGAUGUAAAAGGUGCGUGUUUAAAAUAAAAUAUAAACCUUUGGAAAAGGUUUUCGCAGUGAUUGACCCGAUCACAAUUGGUGUUGUUAAUAUCUUACUGCAUUGGGUGGUACCGACAAGUGUAGUUUCAAAUCCGAGCCCAUGAACUACACAAUGGGUUUGAGGAAAUGAUUAUCGGCAACCCGGACCGGAUUCUUGGGGGGCAAACUGGAGCAGAUUGCACCACGUCCUUCUCUUCCUCUGAGCUUCGUGCUGCAGUCCAGUGCGUCCGGUAGCUCCACCCCUAGUUUUCGACUGUUUACAGGGUUGGACUUGCAUAUUGUUACUGGCAGCUUGGCUGCAUCGCUUCUCUUCGGGUUCUGCCGAGUUGCACAUUCUGGUAAUGUGAUGCUCACACACGUGAACGCGCACACAAUGCACCCUCGCGCGUACACACACACACGUGCACACCGUGUGUCCAGGAAGCUCAAUGCUCUGAACUUGGGUUCUAUAACUUGUUGCCUGUGACUGUGCAACCCCGUCCACAACCAGUGUCCGUCGUAGACGCAGAACCACUCCCACGCCCGGCCAUUUCAAAUCGAGCAAUGAGGGAGUGUGACGAACUCGCGCGGAAAGGUGAACUGGCAGGCUAUACCCAGGAGGCCAAAACAUAACGGAAUUGGCAUUCAAUGGCAUUUAUUCACGGAUUCAUUAAUGCCGCUCUUUUUUUUUUGUUGACUUGCGAAGGAGGGCGAUUGCUCGAGAUGUUCGCUCGGGUGUUGGAUUUUUCCCUGCAAUGCAUCCUCGCGGUUUAGCCUGCAGUUGCCCCUUCGCUCGCGUGGUCUCGUGCACUCCGCGUCCCCCUCGACGAUGUCGCUGUUCGCCCAAGUGGCUUCCUGAUUGGAGUGUCGGUGGACAAAGCCAUCGACCUGAACGUAAAAGGAAUCGCAGCGGUGUGUGGGGCGAGACGCUGAUACGAUUCCGCACGCCUCUCAUUAUUAUCAACACUUGGGUUGUGGAGUUGGGCCCUCUCGGCCUCGGAGGUUCAAAAUUGUUGUUGCUUUGGAAAUGCCGAACCGGUGAAUAAAUUAAACUGCUCUGUGCGAA